AUGAAGUUUAAUAAGGCUGUGACUUCUUCAAGCCGCAAACAGCGUAAAAGGCAUUUUAAUGCUCCAUCUCACAUUAGACGUCGUCUCAUGAGUGCGCCUUUGUCAAAGGAGCUUCGUAAUAAAUACAAGGUACGUAGCAUGCCUGUUCGACGUGGAGAUGAGGUCCAAAUUGUGCGAGGUGAGCGUAAAGACAACAACUCCGCCAAAGUGAUUAAAGUGUACAGAAAGAAGUUCGUCAUUCAUGUCGAACGCGUUCAGUGCAAGAAGAGCAACGGCAUUUACGUUCCAAUUGGCAUUCAUCCGUCCAACGUUGUGAUUACCAAGCUCAAGCUUGAUAACGACCGACGCGAUCUCUUAGAACGCAAGGCUGCCAACAAACACGCCCUGGACAAGAAUAAGUACACUGAGGAAGUUAUUGAGUCAUAA